UCUCCCCAAGCAGAAAUGGUUGUGCAAGGGCUCUGGCUGAGCGGCCUCCUCCCCAGGAGGGGCCAAGAGGCAGCAAUGAUUUACCAGAGCAGCAGCAACACAAGCACAAGGUCCCUGGGCUCUCGCCAGCCUUCCAACAGCAGACCUUUGAGCCUGCAGCCGGGAAGAGGAAGGCCAGACCCACCCUCCCCCUGCCACCGCACCAACAUGCUUUCCAGUCUCUACUCCUACCUGCUCUCCUGGCUGCCCGCCUUCCCCAGCCUGGCCUGGGGCUCCGAUCUGGUGGACUCCGUCUUGCAGGGGCUGGUGGGUGCCUGUGCCGUCUCCAUCCUGGGCAGCCUGAUGAAGAUUUACAUCUACAUCAACUGUUUGAACGACCCCGACCGGCAGAAGGAGAAGGAGAUCAUCCGCAACCAGUGGCCACUGCUGGACCAGCUGCAUCUCCUGGUGCUGACCGGGACCUUCACGGUGGUCGGCUAUCGUGUGGCUGCCUUGGUGGUGCUGGAGUUCUCCCUUCGGGCCAUCUCCACCGUCCUCUCCCUUGACAAGGGGGUGCACAGCAGCCAGCUCUACCUCCUCUGCCAGUACUCCCUGGGCUGCGGCAUCUCCUGCAGCCUCAGUUACCUCCAGGAGGGGGCGCCCCACCGCACCUGGAACCUGCUCCUCAGCGUCGGCCUGGCAGGACUCUUAACUUACUAUGUCUGGCGCCUGACGCGCCACAUCUUCACCAUGUACGAGCUCCACUGCAAGGAGCGCUACUGCGGGGCCUGCCUCUUCCUCCUGACCACCUGGCACGGCAUCCCUCGCCUCCUCUGCAACGCCCUCAAGGUCACCUUCGUGGUGGCCGACCUGGCGGCGGUGGCCCUGAUCAACCGGGACUUCCUCACCACCUCAGAGGCCAUCCGCUUCUGGACCCCGCUCACCAUCUGCUACACGCUGCUUGUCAUCUACAUGCAAGAAGAGCAACGGCAGAACCCCACAGAGCAGAUGGCCUACCAGACGGUCUUUGUCAGGAUGGGGGGCCUCCUGAUCUUGCUGAUGACCGUUGGCCGGUGGAUGGACAUUGUGAACGUCCUUGUUUCACUGGUGGGGGAGAUCUGGUGCCUGAUGCGGGCGGGAAUUAUACUGGAUAUCUGCAGGAAGCAGGAUUAUUCUCAAAGGUUCUCGCCCUCAGCUUCUGCCUCCCGAAAGCCCUCAAGACACUACAAAGACCCUUCAAAAUCCCACUCUGCAACGGCAACAUCCUGAAACACAGCACGGGCUCUGGAGGAGGCUGAUAGGAGCCACUGACUGCAGGCCCAAUGUGGGGAAAUCCUAGGGGCUGGAUUUCAUCCCAAUGCUUGAUUUCAUCUGAUCCACUGUACUCUGGACUCUCUGGGCCCCGCAUUGGAUGUGGGAUACAUAUUUCAUGCCUGUCACUUUACUAAAUGGUGACUUAUUUAUUUCUGUGCUAGUUGUUGCCUUGCCCAACUGCAUUUCCCCACCCCAUUAAUUGCAACCCCCCUACCCCCCAAUUUAAGCUAUCUCCUCUCUUGAACAAACAGCCAACCCUUUUUAAAGUCAGCCUGCUAUGGGAAUGCCACCAAAAGAACACAUACUGAACACACAGGGGCUGGUAGGUGGACAGAUUGCACCAAGGGAUGAUGUGCUUCAUGUAUGUGUGUUGCAGGGGGUGCUGAAAAUGUCCCCCCUUUGUCUUAAAUAAACACUAAAGUACUGUGCUGAUAGCUAAGGAAAGAGCUGGUGUGCCUAGGGAGCAAAGGCUUCUGAUAAAAACUGGAAUAAAGCGGAUUUCUAUUUUGAGUUUGACCAAACUGCAGGAGGCAGUGGAAGACAGAAGUGCCUGGCAUGCUCUGGUCCAUCGGCUCAUGAAGAGUCGGACACGACUAAACAACAACAAAUAUUUAUGUGAAACUCUGGAGUCUUUUUCAUGCUCUCUGCACGCCCCACAUUCCUAAAUAAAGUUGUCCCCCCCCCAGCCCUUUUUCUCAUCCGUCAUUCCUCCUGCAUCUUCCUAUGUGUGUCGUUUCAAUUGUUUGCUGAAGACGCACCUUUUUCCCUGGCCUUUGACACCUCAGCUCAAUAGAUCAAUAGAUGUGUGUGUUCAGGAUCCACCCUAUUCGCAUGACAGUAGUAAUUUGUUUUAAACUGUUUUUAAAUUCCUGUAACCUGACCUGGAUCCUGACAGUGAGCAGCAGGUAGGAAAUUGAGAUGAUGAGAAUAAUAAACCAUUAACAAUAACAUUCAUGCAUCAAAAAUGAGUCUUGGAGCAGCUGAAAAACUAUGGGAUUAUAUUAUGGAAAUAAGAUUUUUUGUAGAUCAGAGUCCAAUGUGCGAAAUGUUGCCUGUGGUUGGAGUCGCUUUGCUGUUGAGUGGUUUUGGGGUUUUUUUGGCAUUUAAUUUCCCUCUCCUCAGAGUUUACUGUCUCCUUCUCCACACUCAGACGCUACUGAAUAGACCCAGGUACUAUGCUUGCUAAGGUUCUCACUUUCUGUAUCUGCUUAUUCCAUAAUACAUUUGGUAGCCGACAA